AGUUUACAGUAAGGUUAUGUGGCUCAUUGACACCUAUGCGAAAAUUCUAAUCGGUCUCAAUUUGCUUUAUAAUUAUUUCAGCCUCGACUGAAUUAUACAUAAACUGAGAUACAAGCAUCAUGGCAGAAGUAUCUGAAGAUUUGACAUCCCUUAGAGUUGGCUUUAUCGGUGGUGGAAAUAUGGCUAGCGCUAUAGGUGCUGGUCUCAUAAGAAGAGGUGUAUUGAAAGCUGACAACGUCUGGGUAUCGGGAAGAACGACCAGAACGCUUGGUUUCUGGAGUGAUCUAGGGGCUCAUGCGACACUGAAAAAUGGAGAGGUUGUGGAAAAUACCGAUGUCAUAUUUCUUGCAAUGAAACCCCAAAUGCUGGAUGAGGCUUUAGCUGGCAUUGCUAAAACUGUAACUAAAUGCCCUCCAAGCAAAUUAUACGUGUCUGUACUUGUUGGCGUGACUCUUGAUGUUCUUCAGACAAAAUUAGCCCGCAUUGUUCAGCAACCAAGAGUUAUUAGAUCAAUGCCGAAUACACCCAUGAUGGUCGGCGAGGGUAUCACUGUCUACUGUUCCAAAGGAACGACUGCUAACGACGAAAUUCUAGUAAAUGCAUUAUUUUCGCAUGUGGGAAUCAGCGAGAGCAUACCAGAGACUCUAAUGAAUGCUGUUGGUGGAUUGUCAGGUUCUGGUCCUGCCUAUGCGUAUCUGAUAACCGAAGCUCUUGCGGAUGGCGCUGUAAGAAUGGGUGUCCCACGCCCGAUGGCUACAAAAUUUGCUGCUCAAGUCUUAGUAGGAGCUGGUAAAAUGAUAUUAGAAACAGGACGGCAUCCAGGCCAGUUGAAAGAUGAAGUUUGCUCUCCAGGUGGCACAACAAUUAGAGGAAUUCAUGCUCUAGAACAAGGUGGUGUCAGGGGGUCCUUAAUGAAUGCGAUUGAAGCAGCAGUAACUAGAUCAGACGAGCUGUCUUCUGUGCCUAAGUUUUGUAAUACGCGAUUGAGAUUGGACUUGUUAAACGUUCUCGACAUGAUGUCAUCAAGUUUAAUUAUGAGGAAGGUGUGUUGUACUUGUUGCAGUUAUGCCCUGAGAUACGAAAACGCUAAGAUCGUUAAUCUAUCAUCGCGCAAAUUCGCUUCAAAGAGCACGGUAGGGUGCAUCGGAUUUCUAGGUGGGGGAAAUAUUGCUAGAGCUAUAGGCAAUGGGAUAUUAAAAAGUAAGCUUCUCGAACCACCCAGUAUAUAUGUAGCAGAGCCUUACGAACCGAUGCAAAAACCAUGGCUGGAUUUGGGUACAAAAGUAACAACUGAAAAUGGAAAAGUUGUGGAAAAUUGUGAUAUUAUAUUUUUGUCUGUGAAAACAAACGCUUUAAAUGCAGCAGUUACUGGUAUAAAGAAUACUUUGUCAGUACCAGUACGGGACAAAUUAUUCAUUUCAGUUCUGGCUGGGAUACCUUUGUCAGUUUUAAGAAAGGUGAUCCUGCCUGUUGUACCUGAGGCCAGAAUAAUACGUUCAACUUUGAAUAUGCCUCUGUUAAUUGGCGAAGGUUGCGCAGUAUUCAGUGGCGAUAGUACCGUGACAGAGGAAGACAUAGCCUCUGUAAAGACCAUAAUGUCCGGGCUUGGAAUGUGUAACUUCAUACCCGAAUAUCAACUCAAUGCAGCUAGCGGUCUUGUGGGAUGCGGUCCCGCCUAUAUGUACAUUAUGAUCGAGGCAUUAGCUGAUGGUGCGGUGAAAAUGGGUGUACCACGGGAUCUAGCGAUUAAGUUUGCCGCACAGACUAUGUAUGGAUCGGCGAAAAUGGUACUUGAAACUGGGAAGCAUCCGGGUGAAUUAAAAGAUCAAGUCUGUUCCCCUGGUGGUACAUCUAUUCGUGGCCUACACGCCAUGGAAAAGUCAGGCGUCAGAGCGGCUCUUAUGGAUGCAAUUGAAGAAGCUGUUAAAAGAUCAGAAGAAAUUACUAAUAAAUAAAGUAGUCCUGGAAAGUAAGAAUGUACAUAUCGAGAUGAAACUAUUUGUGAGUCAUGUACUGAGAAAGUUAUUCAAUUUACACAUAAUAUGUGACCAGAUAAAGUAUGCGAAUUUUGUGUGAAAUGCGGAUGGAUUGUCAUCUUAAUGCUGCGUAAGUCACAAACCAAUGCAAAAGGGCAGAGUAAUUGCGCAUUCAACUAAAAUUAAUUGAAUUGAA